AGGAGUUUUCCGCUGUCAGUGAACUUCCUCGGAGGCCCGGACCUCAGGUCGCUUCCCGACUGCGCAAAAUUUUUCCGUCUCCAAGGCGGCAGAGAUGACCGCCUUUCUGGUUCUCCCGCGCGCCUGGAUGACGUCACACGGCGAGGCUGUCUGACGUCAGAGUUUCCUGUCCACCAUCUUUGUCCCUGGCAAAGUGGGUUUUGCGCAGUGGCUUAGACUUGGAGAAGGAGUCGUGACGUGCAGGAAACCAUUACAACACCGCUCGGGCCGUGCUCUCUGGCCGCUGCUGCCACCCCUGCCCUUGCCUCCGGUGCACAUUAAAGAUCCACAACCAUGACUGACUCCAAGUACUUCACAACCAAUAAAAAAGGAGAAAUCUUUGAAUUAAAGGCUGAACUCAACAAUGAGAAGAAAGAAAAGAGGAAGGAGGCUGUGAAGAAAGUGAUUGCUGCUAUGACUGUGGGGAAAGAUGUUAGCUCUCUCUUUCCAGAUGUAGUGAAUUGUAUGCAGACUGACAACCUGGAACUAAAGAAGCUCGUGUAUCUCUACUUGAUGAACUAUGCCAAGAGUCAGCCAGACAUGGCCAUCAUGGCUGUCAACAGCUUUGUGAAGGACUGUGAAGAUCCCAAUCCUCUGAUUCGGGCCUUGGCAGUCAGAACCAUGGGGUGCAUCCGGGUGGACAAGAUUACAGAAUAUCUCUGUGAGCCCCUCCGCAAGUGCUUAAAGGAUGAAGAUCCCUAUGUUCGGAAGACAGCAGCAGUCUGUGUGGCAAAACUCCAUGACAUCAAUGCCCAAAUGGUGGAAGAUCAGGGAUUUCUGGACUCUCUGCGGGAUCUCAUAGCAGAUUCAAAUCCAAUGGUGGUGGCUAAUGCUGUAGCAGCAUUAUCUGAAAUCAGUGAAUCUCACCCAAACAGCAACUUACUCGAUCUGAAUCCACAGAACAUUAAUAAGCUACUGACAGCCCUGAAUGAGUGCACCGAAUGGGGCCAGAUUUUCAUCCUGGACUGCCUGUCUAAUUACAACCCUAAAGAUGACCGGGAGGCUCAGAGUAUCUGUGAACGGGUAACUCCUCGGCUAUCUCAUGCCAACUCAGCAGUGGUGCUUUCAGCAGUAAAAGUCCUAAUGAAAUUUCUAGAGUUGUUACCCAAGGACUCUGACUACUACAAUAUGCUGCUGAAGAAGUUGGCCCCUCCUCUUGUCACUUUGCUGUCUGGGGAGCCAGAGGUGCAGUACGUCGCCCUGAGGAACAUCAACCUAAUCGUCCAGAAAAGGCCUGAAAUCUUGAAGCAAGAGAUCAAAGUUUUCUUUGUGAAGUACAAUGAUCCCAUCUAUGUGAAACUAGAGAAAUUGGACAUCAUGAUUCGUUUGGCAUCCCAAGCCAACAUUGCUCAGGUUCUGGCAGAACUGAAGGAGUAUGCCACAGAGGUGGAUGUCGACUUUGUGCGCAAAGCUGUGCGGGCCAUUGGACGGUGUGCCAUCAAGGUGGAGCAGUCUGCAGAGCGCUGUGUAAGCACAUUGCUUGAUCUCAUCCAAACCAAAGUAAAUUAUGUGGUCCAAGAGGCGAUUGUGGUCAUCAGGGAUAUCUUCCGCAAAUACCCCAACAAAUAUGAAAGUAUCAUUGCCACUUUGUGUGAGAACUUAGACUCACUGGAUGAGCCAGAUGCUCGAGCAGCUAUGAUUUGGAUUGUGGGAGAAUAUGCUGAAAGAAUUGACAAUGCAGAUGAGUUACUAGAGAGCUUCCUGGAAGGUUUUCAUGAUGAAAGCACCCAGGUACAGCUCACUCUGCUUACUGCCAUAGUGAAGCUGUUUCUCAAGAAACCAUCAGAAACGCAGGAGCUGGUACAGCAGGUCUUGAGUUUGGCAACACAGGAUUCUGAUAAUCCUGACCUUCGAGACCGGGGCUAUAUUUAUUGGCGCCUUCUCUCAACUGAUCCUGUCACAGCCAAAGAAGUAGUCUUGUCUGAGAAGCCACUGAUCUCUGAGGAGACAGAUCUUAUUGAGCCAACUCUGUUGGAUGAGCUCAUCUGCCACAUUGGUUCUUUGGCCUCAGUAUACCAUAAGCCGCCCAAUGCUUUUGUGGAAGGAAGUCAUGGAAUCCAUCGCAAACACUUGCCAAUACAUCAUGGGAGCACUGAUGCGGGUGACAGCCCUGUUGGCACCACCACUGCCACCAACCUGGAACAGCCUCAGGUUAUCCCCUCUCAAGGUGACCUUCUGGGGGAUCUUUUAAACCUUGACCUUGGUCCCCCAGUCAAUGUGCCGCAGGUAUCCUCCAUGCAGAUGGGAGCAGUGGAUCUCUUGGGAGGAGGACUAGAUAGUCUGCUUGGCAGUGACCUUGGCGGGGGCAUUGGAGGAAGUCCGGCAGUGGGACAAUCCUUCAUCCCGUCAUCAGUGCCUGCAACCUUUGCUCCUUCACCUACUCCUGCUGUGGUCAGCAGUGGUCUGAAUGACCUGUUUGAACUCUCCACGGGGAUAGGCAUGGCACCUGGUGGAUAUGUGGCUCCUAAGGCUGUCUGGCUGCCUGCAGUAAAGGCUAAGGGCCUGGAGAUUUCGGGAACGUUUACUCACCGCCAAGGGCACAUCUAUAUGGAAAUGACCUUCACCAACAAAGCUCUGCAGCACAUGACAGACUUUGCAAUUCAGUUUAACAAGAAUAGCUUUGGUGUCAUCCCCAGCACUCCUCUGGCCAUCCACACACCACUGAUGCCAAACCAGAGCAUUGACGUCUCCCUGCCUCUCAACACCUUGGGCCCAGUCAUGAAGAUGGAGCCUCUGAACAACCUGCAGGUGGCUGUGAAAAACAAUAUUGAUGUCUUCUACUUCAGCUGCCUCAUCCCACUCAACGUGCUUUUUGUAGAAGAUGGCAAAAUGGAGCGCCAGGUCUUCCUUGCAACAUGGAAGGAUAUUCCCAAUGAAAAUGAACUUCAGUUUCAGAUUAAGGAAUGUCAUUUAAAUGCUGACACUGUUUCCAGCAAGUUGCAAAACAACAAUGUUUAUACUAUUGCGAAGAGGAAUGUGGAAGGGCAGGACAUGCUGUACCAAUCCCUGAAGCUCACUAAUGGCAUUUGGAUUUUGGCCGAGCUACGUAUCCAGCCAGGAAACCCCAAUUACACGCUGUCGCUGAAGUGUAGAGCUCCUGAAGUCUCCCAGUACAUCUAUCAGGUCUACGACAGCAUUUUGAAAAACUAAUAGACUGGUCCGGUGCCCUCUGGCCACCCUGUGAUCGGUGCAAGCCAAGAACUCUUAACUGGAAGAAAAUUGUAUUGCCGUGUAGAAUCUGAACCCAAACACACUGAGGCCACCCACCAAGGUAGUGACUAGUCUAACCUGUGCUAACAUUAGGGCACAACCUGUUGGAUAGUUUUAGCUUCCUGUGACCAUUUGUAACCACUGCUUCAAUCACUUCCCACCUCGUGCCACCUGCUGCUAUCUGUCCUUACUUGUGGGCUUCUCCAUCCUGUGCCAGUGGCUGGCAUUUUUGAGUGUAGUUUGAUAUUUUGUAAUCGAGAGCUCGUUUCAAAAGCAGAAAAAGACAAAAAAAAAUUAAAGCAAGGAAAAGUGUCACUGAAACGUAAA